GACGCCUGCGGUGGGGCCAGCCGCUGACUUUUGCCACCCGAGUGGACGAAAGGGCGGAUUUCUUGCUUGGUGACAGGAAGGGAAAUUUGGCUGGAGAGGUUUCUGAAGAUGGCCCUCCAGAUGAAAGGAUCACCUGCUCGGAGGAAUGGGGAAGCAGGUGCCCUCCCUCCCUCCCCUCCCCUCCCCUCCCCAUAAAAUCUGCCAGCUGCGUCUUGGGGGGGGCAGAGAAGCAGAAGGAGCUUGGAGGGAGAAGACGGGGUGCUUCCACACACCCCCAACGCUGACACAAAGGCUGCCAGGUGUAUGUCCGGAUUCAAGAGGAUGAAGACUUUCUGGACGGUGGCCGUGUUGCUGGUCAGCGCCGAGGGGAGCCUGAUCGAAUUCGGGAGGAUGAUCAAGGAAGAGACGGGGAAAACUGCCUUCCCCUCCUACACCUUCUACGGGUGCUACUGCGGCCUGGGGGGCAAAGGCCGGCCACGGGACGCCACUGACCGCUGUUGCUUGAUGCACGACUGCUGUUACGAGAAUCUGACUGACUGCCACACCAAAACGGACCCCUACGAUUACAGCCGGAAGAACGGGGUCAUCCUCUGCGUUCUGGUCUUUGCCAGUGCCAAUUUGAUCCAGUUUGGACGGAUCAUUGAACACUUGACCGGAAGACACGCCCUCAUUUACAAUGGCUACGGCUGCUACUGCGGAUGGGGGGGCUCCCGGCAGCCGGUGGAUGCUACUGACUGGUGUUGCCGAGUUCACGACUGCUGCUAUCAGGCCCUGUCACUCCGUCGCUGCAAACCCAAAAUGGAGAAAUAUUUCUACUCCGUCGGGAAAGACACCAUCACUUGUGGUAGGGAAACCGAAUGCCGGCGGCAAACCUGCGAGUGUGACAAAGCAGCAGCCCUCUGUUUCCGCCGCUCCAUGUUUCAGGACCGAUACAUCACCUACCCGAAUAUCUUGUGCCAAGGACCCACGCCGCCCUGCCAGGGUGUCUGCCACCGCAAAGGGGGGCUGAGGCCGGCCCUUCCGAGCUCGGGAUGCCCACGGGGGCCAUGAAACCACCCUGUCCCUGAACUGCCUUCUCUUUGCGAGUCUCCAAAUUGUGUCUUCUUGUGCAAUAAAGCGAUGGUUCAAAGUUACGACAAAAAUAGCAAUUGACUAAAUCCGGGGGGUGGGUGGGAGGGUGGGGGUUGGCUCUGGCAUCCCAGAAGCGCUGAUGUCUUCCCUUCCGAAACUAGUCAGAGGCAUUUUCAUGGCAGGGCAGUUCCCCCCAGGGAGGAGACCCACUUAUCAAUAGAUCCCCGAUGCAUAUUUUAGGAAGAGUUGGAGA